AAUCUCACAAGAGGAAAUUGCAAAGAAAUCUGGAGGCCAGCCGACCCCCGGUGUAGGUAACGCCUUGUUUACAUCAGCUGGGCGUCGCAAACUCAGACGUGCGGAUCUGACGAGAAAAUUCGUACGUAAGGGCUUCGUCAUGGAAUUGCAGGAUUCCUUUUAUCCCAGAGCUCAGUAUAUUGAGACUGCCACAGGAAACCGUGUCAGCCGUGCAAGUGUGUUAUGUGGAUCUCAGAACAUUGUGUUAAGUGGUAAAGUUAUUGUGCUUAGUGGUGUGAUUAUCAGAGGAGACCUUGCCAAUGUCAGAGUAGGACGCCACUGUGUAAUAUCAUCCAAAGCGGUUAUCAGACCUCCAUUUAAAAAAUUCAGUAAGGGAGUGGCAUUUUUCCCACUUCACAUUGGGGACCAUGUUUAUAUCGGUGAGGGUUCUGUUGUAAAUGCUGCAGUCAUUGGCUCAUAUGUCUACAUUGGAAAGAACUGUGUUAUUGGACGCCGUUGUGUGCUCAAAGAUUGCUGCAUGAUUGCAGACAACACAGUCUUGCCACCUGAGACUGUUGUUCCACCAUUUGCAGUCUACAGUGGUUCACCUGCCAAGCACACAGGAGACUUACCAGAGGCUACCCAAGAUCUUAUGACUGAUUACACUAAAUCAUGUUAUCACCAUUUCAUCAGAGUCAAAGAUAUGCCACCACAGGCAAAGGAAGGAACAACAAAGCUUAUUGAAAUUUAGGUGUGUUUCAUUGAUUUCUCAAAAAGCGGAUGAGUAUUUAAACUUGCUAUUAUAGUUAGGGUGGAAGGCAAUUUAGUGACAAGUGAUGAGCACUGCCUUAUACUAUGUAGGGGCCAAAUUUUGUUUUCUUUCUUUCUUUCUUUCUUUUUAUAAUCUUAAGAAGUAAAUGGAUCCCAAGAAAUUAGUGUAGUCAUACUAUUAUGAAACUAGGAUUCACUCCUUUUACAUCUGUUUGCUUGUUGUUGUUUUCUUGUCUAUUCUCUUUGCUCUUGUAUUAUUUCCAUUUAGAAGGUAUUUCAAAGUUGUAAACAUAAGGAAAAUUUUGUAUUCAUUGUUGGAAAAUUAAUAACAAAAAUGCAUUGCAGGUAUGUACAGAAAGCUGUUUUUUUGCUUCUCUGUUUCCUCGAACCAAAGGUAUCUUAUCCAGCCUGAAUUAUGGAACUUCAGUUGAACUCAUUGAAGAAGAGAAUAUAUCUGCAGUAUACUAUUUAAAUGUAUAAAUUAAAUUAUGUAUUUUUACAUUUAAAAGGGGACUAGGAUGUCUGUUGAAAGUUCUUUACAAUUGGAUUGCCUAAAUAUAUUACUAGGGGAUUUCCCUGUCUACUAUUAAUAGGAAAUACAGUGUAUGUCAUUCCAGUAUAAUACUGACUACAUUGUGAAUAUUAUUAUUUUAGAAGCCUUAAAUAUGGAUUAUAGUUUUUUUUUAUAUGGAACAAUAAAAAAAAAUCAAAAAGACAAAGUUUAUCUUCUACAGCCAGAUUUUAUGGCUGGGUAAUACUAAUCAAUUUAAAGGCAGUUCUAAAUUGCUAUGAAUAAAUAGACUUUAUUAGGAAAGUUAUUAGUUAUUAGAAACUUAAUUUUCAAGCUGAGUAAUGAAGUGAUAUAUAUCAUUAUGUGCUUGUGUAUAUUAAAAUAAAGCAAGUAAUGACAGAUGAUGUUUCUUUAAAAAAUGCUAAACUUGCUCUUAGUGUUUUAUCAAGUCACACCUCUUUAUUGUACCAAAGCACCUUUAUUUAAGCCUGCGAGAUAACAUUGAUUAAUAAAUUUGUUCCAUAUUCUCAGUUUUCACACUGGUUGGGACUACCUUUUCCCUAUUCUAGAUGUUGCAGAACAGUGCUCUGAAUAAACUUUUAUAAAACUGGAA